UUUUUGUUGGCUACUGUAUCGUUUUCUUAAAUUCAGCCCGUUUUGCCUUAGAAAGUCCAUUGCAAUCUUUCAUUAAUGGCUUCCUCUUCCUCGACUAACCAAGAAAUUUUGGAAUAUCAACACGAGAGAGAGUGGUCGACUGCACCGUCAAAAUUAUAUGAUGUAUUCAUCAGCCACCGGGGCCCUGAUGUCAAAGAAACUCUUGCCAAACAGCUUUAUGAAUUUUUGGGGGACCGAGGGUUCCUGGCAUUUCUGGACCGUCGAGAGUUAGAUGUGGGAGAUUCUAUUACUCCAGCCAUUUACAGCGCCAUAUCCUCAUCAGUUGUUCAGAUAGCCAUUUUUUCCACAGGAUAUGCACACUCUUCAUGGUGUUUAGACGAGCUUGUUCUGAUGCUACGCCAACUGGAUCGUAAAGGCUCACUCUUUAUUCCUAUUUUCUAUGAUGUCAGGCCUUCUGAUCUUCGGUAUACUGAGAAAGGAACGUAUGCUGCGGCAUUUUCUGAAUAUGAAGGGAAAUGCAGGAACCUUCAUAAGCUGAACGGAUGGAAAAAGGCCCUUGAAUCUGCUUCAAAUGUAGUCGGCUUUGAACUUUGCAGUAGUCAAGAGUACGUUUACUAUGAAAUGAAAAGGAGGAUACCGCUACAUGUUGCGUCAUAUCCAGUUAGACUGGGUGAACUUGUCAGAGAUUUUGAAAGGAUAUUUGAUAAGCCAGCGAAGAAGAGGGUAAAGAUAGUAGGGAUCUUUGGACUUGGAGGCUCUGGCAAGACUACCCUGGCAAAAGCGAUCUUCAACACGAAGUUUUCAGACUACAAUGCCUCUUGUUUUCUGUAUGAUGUGAGAGAAUCACAUGUGAAACGUGAAUUGCAGGUCUUGCAAACAAGGCUUCUCAAAGAUCUCUUUCAUAAAGAGAAGAAAAUUCAACAUAUUGAUGAAGGGAGGCAACUGCUGAAGGAUAGCCUAACAAGGGCAGGAUCUGACAAGCGUUUUCUUAUAAUCCUAGAUGAUAUAGAUCAUGAGGAACAGUUGCGUGCCCUUUUAUUUCAGGACCUUCUCGGUCCUGGUAGCUUAGUAAUUGUCACAACCCGUGACAAAGGUGUGUUAAUAAGUGCUGAAAUCAGUAAUUGUUAUCAGAUGAGAACAAUGGAUAGCGAUCGUGCUAAAGAACUCUUCCGCAGUCAUGCUUUCGGCGGAAAGAAUCCAACCUUUCCAUGUGAGCAGCUGGUUGAGAGGUUCGUGAAAUUCUGUGGAGGUUUGCCCCUUUCACUCAAAGUUUUGGGAACUCAUGUUCGUGGAAGGGAUGAAAAUUAUUGGAACCUAGAAUUGGAAAAAGCUAGGGAUAUCCAGCCUACUGAUGUUAUGCAAUGUCUUAAAAUAAGCUUUGACAGUUUGGAGAGUGAAGAGAAACAAAUAUUUAUGGAUAUUGCGUGUUUCUUUAAUGGCAGAAGAAAGGACAAGGCUGUAGAAAUAUGGAAUGCGUCCCAGUGGACGACGGCUGAACACGCGGUUCAAAGGCUACUUGAUAAAUGUCUUGUCGAAGUAGAGCAUCUUGAAUUUACAAAGCACAAUCGCCUUCGGGGCUUGGCAAGGCAUCCUGAAUUUAGAAUGCACGAUCAUGUGCGCGAGCUGGGAAGAAAAAUGGCAGAGAAAGAAGUCCUUCCACGGUUCUGGCGGCCAGAGAAGCUCAAAGCUAUGCAAGAAAGGGGAUUCAGAAAAAUCUUGGAAGAAACAAAUGGUCGGUCUUACAAUAAACUUUGGGACUCCUCCCUCAAAUCGACAAUCGAAUAUUUUAUAGGAACAUCAGAUUGCUAUGCCGGCACAUCAACUGGCCUCCUGUGGCUUGGGGUUUCUAUGCUAAGAGGGAGCACAAUUCCUUCAUGGUUUCCUGUGAGACAGUUGUGGGAUUUAAGGGCUUCCGACGUUGAUAAAUUAUGGAGCAUUUCCCUCAGUCAAAUCGACACCGAGGACAGUUUUCAGCUGAGACGGCUGUAUCUUCGCGAAUGUCGCGGAUUGCAAAAUCUUCCAGAUUUAUUGAAAACCUUACAUCAUUUGGAAGAAUUAGAUGUUUAUACGUCCUUUGAAUCAGGUACUGAAGGGACGGCUUUGUCAAAAUCACUUGUAAAACUCAGCAAUCUUAGAAUCUUAAGGUUUCUGGACGUGCCAAUAAAUGGAGAACUGAUUCUGAGCAAGAGCACAGAUUCAAUUUUUGAGUCUUCUUCGAACAGCUGCAUGAAUAACCUUCGCGAAAUGUUUAUUACAGAAGUAGGGUUUUCAAAAUUGGCCAUUAGUGGAGAGAUAUGUCCCAGCCUUAAACAUGUCGAGAUUGGAAACAAUAAUAAACUAAUUGAAGUGGACCUAAAACUGUCAAAGACGCUGGAAAAGCUUAUGUUGCUUUAUUACAAUAAUUUGAAAACAGUAUCAGGUUUGUUUUCUCUAACCAGACUUCAAAUCUUGGACAUAACUGGACCUGAUGAGCUGGAGAGUCUAGAAGGUGCUCAAGAGUUGGAAGGAUUGAAAAGUCUGAAAAUUCAAGCGUCUCAAUAUGCAGGCGGAUUAAAUUUCAUUUCUGGAAUGAAGAGACUGCCGUCAGAUUAUAUUAUUAUAGAAGGGAAUGCAGUGUAUGCAGCAGUGUCAAGAUUAAAUGCAAAUUUGUUUUCUGAUGUGAUCGGUUGCCAAGCAAUAGCUGAGAUUCAGAGUAGUAGAGAUUAUUGUCACAGGUUGAAGGAGAUUCAAACUUCAUUGUAUGCACUUUCCAUAUAUCAGCAGGUAUUGCUUACUUUCUGGAAAAUCAUACAUAUUCUGCGGUAGAGAGGAUAGUAACAGUUGUACACAAAGGGCAGCGUAAUCUUAAAAUAAAACAGGGAGGAGCUGAAAUUCUGAAGGGGUUUAUGGCUACUGUGAAUAGAGGCGAGGAAGAGUGGAAAGCGUUAAGUGUAUUCAAAGUAAUUAUUGACCGUUUGUAUAAAAAAUGUAUUAGUUAGUAGUUUUUUAGCAUCAAAUCGGGGAAGUAAGUCAAUUUAAGCAACCUUCAUGGAUAGGCCUAUAAAUAUUGAUUAAACUAGCAUAUUUACUAGCAUUUGCAUCGAAAG